CCAGCGUCAGACCAUCUACCGCCGGGACCUGGCUGUUUAAGUCGACCGGCCUCGCGUGGGAAUGGAUUACGGGGGAUGGGCGAAUAUUGAAUGACAGGCCAUCCCUUCGUUUAUCAAGGACAGCUGCCCCCUUUGACUUGUUCGCCCAUCAUGUCGCCCUCAAGCUAUCAGUCGCGACCUAUCCUCAACCCCGACGCGGAGAGCCAGCACUUGGCUCGCGGUAUCCUCGCUCGCAGCUCAUCAACAGACGAAUUCGGUGAUUUCGAGGAUGACAGCAUGAUAAACAUGCUCCUUCUGGUCCUGGGCCUUGUCUUUGCUGCCCUUGUCGUCCUCUCCGCGCUCUUCCUCAUCCGCCGCCAUCGCAUGCAACAGCGCAUGCGCAACGGUAUCCUGCCUUCCUACAACGAUUCCAAGCUUCACUCGCAUGGCCGUGGCCCUCCCCAGGGCCUUACCAUCGAAACCUCGCACGACGGCCGCUCCAGCACCAUCUACAUCAGCCGCAACGGCCAGCCAAUGCUCGCAAACCCCAAUUCGCCUCCUCACUCGCCCGACAAUGUGCCCGAGAUCCACAUCACAUUUCCCGACGAGCAUGACAACGAGGGCAAGCACCAGAGCGGUCGCGUCCUCGUUGUUCGUGUGGGUGACAACGCUACUGUCGGUCUGGAACCUGUUCAGGAGGAGCAACUACCAGCCUAUGAGAAGGAAUCCAAGGGUGACUUCUACUCGGUCGACAUGGACCAGAUUGGCGGCCUGAAGGAGAAAGACCGCACAACCUACCAGUAAGCGUGUCUUUUUGCUUCCAGCGAACGUACGACAUCUUUAUCGGGUUUUCUGGUCCACGCUCCGCAGUGGCUUAUUCUCUCUUUCAACUUGGAUUCAUUGCAGGUCUCAGCAUGGGGUUUUCCGGAUCAUUUCAACGACAUAGCACACAUUAUA